AUGAACAACUCCGCCACUACACUGCUUAUCCUGGCCCUUACCCUCGUAGCCUCGGCCCUGGUGGUUGAGGGCGUGCGCGUGGAUAGCGCUUUUAACUGCCCUCGCGGCUAUGGCUACUGUGCAAACUACGGCACGUGCUGCGAUCUCGACUACCAGUGCGCCGACCCUAGCCAGUGCUUCGGGGGUGAACCUGACAGCGCUCUCUACUGCCCUCGCGGCUAUGGCUACUGUACAGGCCUUGGAUGCUGCAAUCUCGACUUCGGGUGCUCCGACCCCAGCCAGUGCUUCGGGGGUGGAGCCACAGUUAAUUGA